AUGGCAGUCUUCACCACGACGACCACUACUGGCGGCAGUUUCCUAGCCGAAAAACGAGUAUUUCCGGUGAGAUUGAGAUCCGCCUACGACGCCGAGUUGAUCUCUCAGCAACUCGUAGACGCGGCUCAUGCUGAUGAUCUUGUGUUAGCUUUGGACCUCAUUUCGAAUUUAUUUGUGGACGUUAAUUUCAUCGGAACAGUGUGCUUAAAGUCCAGAAAAACAGAGCUUGUAUUGAACGGCGAGAAUGCCAGUGAGGUUCGCGUUGAGUUUGAGGAGUUUAAGACUGACGUAACCUCUCUUUUCCUCGCUGCUCGUAACGGAAAUUUAACACUCGUCAAAAAGUUAUUGGAUGUUGGAGCCAAUGUGAACCAGAAACUGUUCCGAGGGUAUGCGACAACAGCAGCCGUGAGGGAAGGCCACAUUGAGGUGUUGGAGAUGCUGCUAAAUGCCGGGGCAGGUCAGGCUGCAUUUGAGGAGUCUUUGUUGGAAGCAUCUUACCUGGGGCGGGCCAGAGCUGCUGAGCUUCUCAUGGGCUUUGCUGUGGUCCGCUCUCAUGUUGCAGUUAAUGCCCUUGUGACCGCAUCCAGUAGAGGGUUUGUUGAUUUUGUCGAAACACUCAUAAAGAGUGGAGUAGAUGCCAAUGCAACUGCUAGGGUGCUGCUGCAAUCUUCUAAGCCAUCUCUCCAUGCCAACGUUGACUGUAAUGCACUUGCUGCUGCUAUUAUUAGCAGGCAGAUCUCUGUUGUCAAACUGCUAUUGCAGGUUGGUGUCAGAACAGACAUUAAGGUUAGGCUGGGAGCUUGGGCAUGGGACACAAUUACGGGGGAAGAGUUCCGAGUAGGCGCUGGCUUGGCUGAGCCCUAUCGUGUCACUUGGUGUGCAGUGGAGUACUUCGAAGCCAGCGGUGCUAUCUUGCGCAUGCUUCUUCAGCAAAUCUCUCCAAAUAUUCCCCAUCUAGGGAGGACGCUCGUACACCAUGCUAUCCUAUGCGGCAAUGCAAGAGCAUUCGGCGUGCUUUUGAGUUGCGGUGCUGAUAUAGAACUACCAGUUGAAACAAUUAAACAAACAGAUUUCUACCCGAUACAUUUUGCUGCAAGACUUGGAUUAUCUACAAUUCUUGGCCUCCUAAUAAAAGCCGGCUGUAAUUUGAAUUCAAAAACUGGAUCUGGUGAGACUGCUCUAAUGAUUUGUGCUAGAAAUAAGCAGGAGGAGUGCCUCAGACUUCUGACUUCAGCAGGCGCUGAUUUCGGUUUGACAAAUACAUCUGGUCAGUGUGCUAGGUCGAUUGCUGGAACAAUGCUGUGGACACUUGGCUUCCAGCAAGCAGUUUUGGAUGUGAUUCAAACGGGGAAAAUUGUUCAAUCCAGCAAUUCCGAAAUUUUUUCUUCCCUACUGUUUGCAACUCAAGCAAAUGAUAUCGCAUCCCUACAGAAACUUAUCAAGCAACCAGAUAUUGAUCUUAACCAGAGAGAUGAGAACGAAUUUUCAGCUGUUAUGGUUGCUGCAGCAGGUGGUCAUGUUGAGGCAUUCCGGCUACUCGUCAAUGCAGGGGCUGAUGUGGAAAUUCAAAAUAAGUACGGUGAAACAGCAAUUAGUCUAGCCGAAGUAAAUCAGAAUAGUGAUGCGUUCAAAAAGGUAUUGACCGAAUAUGCCUACGCAAAGGGAAAUCAGAACACUAGGGGAUCCUCUGCUCUUCAUCGGGCUGCAAGGAUUGGCGACCUCGAUUUGGCUCGGGCAUUAAUAAAUGAGGAACGUGACAUCGACGUUCUUGAUUGUGAUGGAUAUACUCCACUCAUGCUGGCAGCAAAGGCAGGUGAUGGAAGCAUGUGUGAGCUUCUAAUUUCAAGUGGGGCUAGAUGCGAUCUUAUGAAUGCAAGGCACGAGACAGCACUUUCAUUGGCCAGAAAAGGCAUUGCUGGUAAUGAUGCAGAACAUAUUAUAUUAGAUGAGCUCGCUCGAAAACUCGUGUUGAGGGGGGCAUAUGUCAAGAAGCAUACGAAGGCAGGCAAGGGAUCUCCUCAUCUGAAGGUAUUGAAGAUGGUGGAGGCUACCGGAAUAUUGCGAUGGGGAAAAUCGAGUAAGAGAAAUGUGAUCUGUCGGGGAGCCGAGAUCGGUCCAAGCUCAACAUUCCGAUGGAACCGAAGGAAGAAGUUUGAUGGUGAUGUUCCGGGCAUGUUUCGGGUGGUAACUACAAAGAACAAGGAAAUCCACUUUGCAUGCGAGGGGGGAGUCGAAACAGCCGAGCUGUGGGUGAGAGGAAUAAAACUUGUAACUAGGGAAGCUAUUUUUGGUAGGAAAGCAAGGGGCGCGUGA